AUGAAUUCGGCGAAGGUGGUGGCAGCGAGCUGUGGAGACACCGUGAAAGUGUUGGAUAUUUCUGAGAAUGAGUGCGCACUCACCUAUUCUCCAUCUCCUGGCUCCACAGUCAAUUCUCUCAACUGGAACCACAACAAUAUGGUAUUGGCGAGUGCAGGGGAUGAUGGUAAAGUAUCAUUUUGGAGGAGGAAUGGGACUAGAUUGUGGGUCGUCCCUUCCAUAAAUGAUGGUGGAGGAAUUGUUGAGUCGAUAUCAAGUAUCAACUUUUGCAACAAAGGGUCUCGAUAUCUAUGCUCUGGUGGAACUGGUCAAGUUGUAAGAGUAUGGGAUUUGCAGAGCAAACGUUGUAUCAAAUGGUUGAAAGGGCAUACGGAUACCAUAACCUGUGUAAUGUGCAACUGUAAAGACGAGCAUGUUGCUUCUGUUAGCCGUAAAGGAGAAGUUAUCGUGCACAGCCUUUUUUCCGGGGCUAAGGCCUCUAAUCUCAAGGAUCCUCAUGGACAGGUCUUGGAGGCACUUGAUUAUUCUCGGAUUUCUAGGCACCUUUUAGUUACGGCUGGUGAUGAAGGAUCCAUACACUUGUGGGAUACUACUGCCCACAGUCCAAAGGUUUCUUGGUGGAAGCAGCAUGGUGCACCGACCGCGGGAGUUGCAUUUUCACCAACCAACGACAAGAUAAUUGGUAGCGUUGGUCUAGAUAUGAAGUUAUACACUUUUGACACAGGGUCAAAGAAGCCAUCCUCUUGCAUACAUCAUGAGGCUCCAUUCUGUUCAUUAGCAUACUCUUAUGAUGGACUAAGCUUAGCAGCUGCUACGACCACCGGUCAGGUUGUACUCUAUGAUGUUCGGGCGAAGCCUCAACCACUAACUGUUGUAGAUGCGUAUGCCUAUCAUCAGGCCAUCACAAGUAUCUGCUGGGAGAGGUCAAAACCUGUAACCUUCAACAAAAGCAGUUGCACAGAUGAGACGGUUCUUCUUGCUGGUGAUGUAGGGGACAUUAUCAUUAUGCCUGACCCGCUUCCAUCUACUACACAACCUCGUUCGAGCGGCUCGUUAGUUAAUCCAACUCUGGCAAGAUUACAUGCACCUCAUAAUAAUUUUAGGGAUGAUAUGGAGGUGUUUUCUCCCAUUGUUGAAGUUCAAUCUUUUGAUAAAUUAUGGGAGACUCAUGCUUCUCCGGAGAAAAAUAUUAUACCUUCUCGGAGGUUUGGCCUUUCAGGGGAAGCAGCCGAUCAUGAGAAUCCAAUUUCCAACACAACAGUAUCCAAACAGGUGGAGAGUAGGUUGUCGGAAUCCAGUUCUAACCUGGCAGCCGUACGUAAUAGCAGUGGUGGUCCACGUAAAGGGUGGGGAGGUGAGAGAGCACUAGAGAAAUUCAUCCACCGACGUCAGUCCACCAAAAUAGCAACUUCUCGUUUUGCAAAGCCAAUAGGGCUAAUGCCUAGUCUUCACGGCAAAGAAACUUCCAAAAGCAUCAAUGGCCAAGAAAAUACUACUCCUACUAGUGAACCAAGAUCCUCCCCUUAUGCCUCGCCUAAAUCCAAGAAAACUGGGUCAGAAACUAGGGAAGACAUUCUCAAUAACCUCUUGUCAAACUCUCAACCACCAACACCAACCACUCCAAAAGGAGGAGAUGAUCAGAUGUUACACAAGAUUUCUUUACAGUCAAACUCUUCUAUAGAUGAAGAAACUCUAGCUUCAUUUCGAGAAUCUAUUCACGGAGAUAUGCAAAAUCUUCACUUAGAAAUACUUAGGCAAUUCCACGUGCAAGAGAUGGGAAUGUCAAGCGUCAUGAGAUUAAUCCUCGAAAAUCAGGCUGAGAUAAUGCAAGAAAUCCAAUCACUUCGAGAGCAAAUACAACAUUUCCAUCAUUUACUGUGAAAUCCUCCAAUGGUUAACUAGUCAGAAUUGGUUCGUUUUUUUUCUAAGAGCAACAUGGACAAACCCGGACGUUCUUCAAUUAUAGCAACGUUGAUAUAGGUAGCAGCGUUAUUUGGGUGAGAAGGGCCGCAAGUUAGAUGCAGGAGAUAUAAUGCAUAGUUGACAUCUGAAAAAGUAAAACAAAAAAUAAGUACCUCUCCAGUUAGAAGAAAUAAUUUAGGAUAUCCAGAAACUCAAUGUUUUAGCUCUUGAAUGUUCCCUUGUUCUAAUUUGUGGUGAUAUGUAGGCAUACACAAUAGUAGAAGACAGCUAAACCUCCAGAGCUCUUCAUUGUGUC